AUGCUCGACAUCGCCAUCGUCGGUGGCGGCAUAGCCGGCUUGACAGCCGCCAUCUCCCUCCGCCGCGCAGGCCAUCAAGUCACAAUUUACGAAAAGUCGGCACUGAACAACGAAAUCGGCGCCGCCAUCAAUGUUCAGACGAACGCGUCCCGCCCGCUGAUUGCGCUUGGCAUGGAUCCCGCGCGGGCAAAGUUCGUGAGGGCGAGGGGCAGCAAACGCGUCCGUGGCGAUACUUUGGAUUUGAUCCAUAGCCUUGAUCUGGGGUCUGUCGCGGAUAGGUAUGGGUCGCCUUGGUACUUUGCGCAUCGAGUCGACUUGCAUCAGGAGCUUAAGCGCAUGGCGACAGCGGCUGAAGGGGGCCCGCCGUUGACGGUGAAGUUGAGAAGUGAGGUGACGAGCUAUGAUCCCGAAAAUGCUUCGGUAACUCUCGCCGAUGGUACUAUCGUCUCUGCAGACCUUGUCGUGGUGGCAGAUGGCAUCCAUAGCGGCGGCGUAGAAGCCGUCCUGGGCUCGCCGAACCCGGCAAUCCCAGCUGGGCAGGACAACUUCUGUUACCGCUUCCUGCUACCGAUGGAAGAGGUUCUCUCUGAUCCUGUCGCGGGCCAGCUUUUUGAUGAUGCGAGCGGGAGCGUCCGAAUGUUUCUUGGAAAUGGGAAGCGGGUAGUCACAUAUCCUUGUCGAAACGGUGAGGUGCUUAACUGCAUUGCGAUUUUCCACAGUGAAGUCGGUACAUCGACGAAAGAAGAUUGGCAUAGCUCAGUGGACAAAUCUCAUCUCGUUGAGAGGUUCUCCGACUUUCACCCUAGCGUCAUUGCAGUCUUGCAAAAAGCAACCGAGGUGAAGCAGUGGCCCUUGCUUUACCGUGCCCCUAUUCCUACGUGGCGGAAGGGGAGAAUGAUUCUCAUCGGAGAUGCCGCUCAUCCGAUGCUUCCACACCAAGGCCAAGGUGGCGCGCAAGCGAUCGAAGACGGUGUCGCUCUCGGCGUGUGCUUCUCAAAUAUCGCCUCGCUGGCAGAUGUCCCUGAGCGGCUCGAGGUGUUUGAAACCAUCCGGAGGAACAGAGCCAGCGCGGUCACGAUCUUCAGCAACGCAGCACAGGACGAAGCGGAGAAGAUCAAGGAAGCGGCGUCAGAGUUUGUCCAGCCAGUGGAGAGGAUUCCCACCAAGCCGGAAGAGUUCUACGACUUCCACUUCGAUUACGACAUUAUACAGGACUCCUUGGCGCACAUGCAGAAGCUAUACCCUGGUUUCCAGCUUCCAGGGGCCUUUCAGCAGAAAACUACUGGCAGGGCAUCCCUCUAG